AGCUGAUAGGAACCACGACGAUGGCGCAGAUCUGGAAGAACUGAACGCGAUGAUGUUCAUGAGGGUGGUACAAAGAUCUUCGAGCAUAUUGAGAGAUAACAUGAUGACGUUUUCCUCUCUGGAUAAAUUUCCUCGCGAUGGUGUGAUCUCGUGGAAUGAGUAUCUGACGGACUUUUUGAUGAAGCUCGGUGUUUCAUUGGAUGGCUCCAAGGAGAAAACUGAUGAAGCCGCGAAAGCAUUGAAUAGAACCAUGAAGGAGGAAAUAAUGGGCUUGAAAGCCGCUUGGUUUGAAUCUGUUCGAGGGGACCCUGACAGACUGAACAUUGACGAGUUCUUGGCAUUCCGUCAUCCCGAGCAAUCUCACUCAUUUUUGUUGAAAAUAGUGGAAGAUGUUGCAAACAUUCUUGAUACCAACGGAGAUGGAGUUCUGAAUUUGGGAGAAUUCACGGAACUCAAACUGGACGAUGUGAGCAUGGAUAACUUUGCGCUCAGGUCCUUGUUCGACAAAGAUUUGAAGACGCUAUUUAAAGUGGUUGACAUCGACGGGAAAGGAACUGUCAAUCGUCAAGAGCUU